GCUCUGUAGCUCUCUGGAAACAAUGUAUACUGAUCGUCGCUAAUAGCUUUCUGACCCUCUCAUAACCUAUAAACCAACCAGUUCACCUCUCACCCCUCACCUACCUCCCACAUCGCGAUCGAGACCCCUCCUACCCCUCCGCAGAUCAUGUUCUCCGUCAUCGUCCCAGACCGACCCUGUCUAACAGACAUCGUCGCAGUAGACGGACAGCCCAACGGCCAAGCAACCAAAUUCGCCUUCACAUUCCCCCUCUACCCCGCCUUCACCGAGCUCGUCGUCUUCCUCCUCCCCGGAACAGUCCUCCCCCCAGACACCGCAGCAGCAGUGUACAUCCAGCUACCAGACGCGAACGCACCGCCCACGGGGCCCGAAUUCCGCUUCAUCGGCGCAUUAGCGAACGAGAAGCCCUCGUCGAUAUUCAGCGUGCGCCCGCCACGUCCCAACAAUACCGGAGCCCAGGACGACGAUGCGAUGCAAGACGAGAACCCCGCGAGCGGCCCGCCCGACGCCAUGGUGACGCUGGGUAUCUCCCUCGAGCCUGUGCAGAACGUCGCGCCGCAGCUGGCUGCGCUGGAGGCGGAGAAGGCUAGCGCGGGGCCGUCGAAGCAGCUCGUGCGACAGACGAGACCGCAGCAGCAGAUGACGACCAAGGUGCUGGCGCAGCGGAUUAUUGGCAAUGCGUUCAACUUCCUGGCGAGCUUUGCGACGGCGGAUAAGGGCGAGGAUGUCGUGCCGUUGAAGAGCUUUCGCGAUUGGUGGACGAAGUUUGAGCGCAAGGUGGAUUUGGAUCCGAGCUUUUUGGAACGUGAGGAUCCGUCGCAGUCGGGUUGAGAAGUUUCGGGGUAAUUGGUGCUGUAUUUUGGGUUUUGGAUAUCUCCUUUUAAAAGCGUGAAAGACAUGUUAUUUGUCGGGAUUAAUGUACGUUGUCUAUAUGAUUCUGCAGUUUCUGGUUAUAAUCCAUAGGCGGCGCGACUUUGGUGCAAAUGCGG